AUGGAAAACCCAUUUCAAACUCAAGAGUGGAGUCUUCUUAACAGUCAAGGCAACAAUGAAGUGCCAAAGGUUGCAGACUUUCUUGGUGUGAGCAAAUCUGAGAAUCAAUCAGAUCUUGUUGCCUUCAAUGAAAUUCAAGCUAAUGAUUCUGAGUUUCUCUUUUCAAGCAAUAGUCUGGUUCCAGUCCAAAAUGCUGUGGUAGCAGCUAGUACUAACUAUGAAUUUCAAGAAAAUUCUAGCAAUUUGCAGUCAUUAACAUUGUCUAUGGGUAGUGCUAGUGGUAAGAGUUCAACCUGUGAAACCAGUUGUGAUAAUAGCACUAUUGAAACUGCUGCGCCAAGAAGGACUUUGGAUACAUUUGGGCAAAGAACAUCCAUAUAUCGUGGUGUAACAAGGCAUCGAUGGACUGGAAGGUACGAAGCUCAUUUAUGGGAUAAUAGUUGCAGAAGAGAAGGCCAAUCUAGGAAAGGAAGACAGGGUGGCUAUGACAAAGAAGAAAAGGCUGCUAGGGCUUAUGAUCUUGCUGCACUUAAGUACUGGGGAACAUCCACCACUACCAAUUUUCCAAUCGGCAACUAUGAGAAAGAACUAGAGGAUAUGAAGAACAUGACCAGACAAGAAUUUGUUGCCUCCAUAAGAAGGAAGAGUAGUGGCUUCUCUAGGGGUGCAUCCAUGUAUCGUGGAGUUACAAGGCAUCACCAACAUGGAAGAUGGCAAGCAAGGAUUGGCAGAGUUGCAGGAAACAAAGAUCUUUACUUGGGAACUUUUAGCACUGAGGAGGAAGCUGCAGAAGCUUAUGACAUAGCAGCAAUAAAGUUUAGAGGGCUUAAUGCAGUGACUAACUUUGACAUGAAUCGAUAUGAUGUGAAGAGCAUUCUUGAGAGCAAUACUUUGCCAAUUGGAGGGGGGCAGCCAAACGGCUAA